CCGCGUCCUCCCCUCCCCUCCGCGCUCCGCGCGCGCCGCCCGAGGGGGAGGCGGCGGCGGCGGCGGCCUCCUGCCCCCCCCCCCCCCGCCUCCUCCUCCUCCUCCCGACCCGCCGUCAUGGCCCAGCGCGGCCCGAGGUAGGGGGGCUCGGCCUCCCCGCGCGCGCCGGGCCCAGCCGGCCCCACCGACCGCAGGAUACCUGUGAUCUUUUGCAUGUGGAAAGAACGCUAGCAGAAAGGUGAAAAGAUGGGUGUAAAAACAUUUACUCAUAAUUCCCCUGCUCAUAGCCAGGAGAUGCUUGGAAAGCUGAACAUGCUUCGCAAUGAUGGACAUUUUUGUGACAUCACCAUUCGUGUCCAGGACAAAAUCUUCAGGGCGCACAAGGUGGUUUUGGCAGCCUGCAGUGACUUCUUCCGUUCCAAGCUCGUUGGCCAAGCAGAAGAUGAGAGCAAGAGUGUAUUAGACUUGCACCAUGUGACAGUGACUGGCUUCAUACCUCUUCUGGAAUAUGCUUACACAGCAACACUAUCUAUUAAUACAGAAAAUAUUAUUGAUGUGUUGGCUGCAGCCAGCUAUAUGCAGAUGUUCAGUGUUGCUAGCACAUGCUCGGAAUUCAUGAAGUCAAGCAUUUUAUGGAAUACGCCCAACAGCCAGCAAGAGAAGGUGCUAGAUGCAGGACAGGAGAACAGUGCAAACUGCAAUUUUACUUCUCGAGACGGCAGCCUUUCUCCAGUUUCUUCUGAAUGCAGUGUAGUGGAAAGAACCAUUCCUGUUUGCCGAGAGUCACGAAGAAAGCGCAAAAGCUACAUAGUUAUGUCUCCGGAGAGCCCUCUUAAGUGUAACACGCAAACAAGUUCCCCCCAAGUGCUGAAUCCUUCAACUUCUUACCCAGAGUCCAGAAAUCAGCCUGUAGACUCCUCCUUAGCCUUCCCCUGGACUUUUCCUUUUGGAAUUGAUCGAAGACUUCAGUCUGAGAAGGUGAAGCAGGUGGAGAAUUCUAGGACUUUGGAAAUGCCUGGGCCCUCUGAGUCAAACAGAAGAAUUGCUGAUUAUGUGACUUGCGAGAGCACAAAAGCCAGUUCGCCCCUUGUGAUUGAAGAGGACGUGCGUGUCAAAGUGGAAAGGUUAAGCGAUGAGGAAGUUCAUGAGGAAGUAUCACAGCCUGUCAGUGCAUCCCAGAGUUCUCUGAGUGAUCAACAGACAGUCCCUGGAAGCGAGCAAGUUCAGGAAGAUCUCCUGAUCAGCCCACAAUCUUCCUCUAUAGGCUCAAUAGAUGAGGGGGUUACGGAGGGAUUGCCCACACUCCAAAGCACCUCUGGCACUAACGCUCACGCGGACGAUGAUGAUCGUUUGGAGAACGUUCAGUAUCCCUACCAACUCUACAUUGCUCCUUCUACCAGCAGCACAGAGAGACCCAGCCCAAAUGGCCCAGAUAGACCUUUUCAGUGUCCAACCUGCGGGGUCCGGUUCACUCGCAUUCAGAACUUAAAACAACACAUGCUUAUCCACUCAGGCAUUAAACCAUUUCAGUGUGACCGCUGUGGGAAAAAGUUCACCCGAGCUUACUCGCUAAAGAUGCAUCGCCUGAAGCACGAAGGUAAACGCUGUUUCCGGUGCCAGAUAUGUAGUGCCACUUUCACUUCCUUCGGGGAAUAUAAACACCACAUGCGGGUUUCCCGGCAUAUUAUCCGCAAGCCUCGGAUUUACGAGUGCAAAACAUGUGGCGCCAUGUUCACCAACUCUGGAAAUUUAAUCGUUCACCUGAGGAGCUUGAACCAUGAAGCGUCAGAGCUAGCAAACUACUUCCAGAGCAGUGACUUCCUAGUACCGGACUACUUAAACCAGGAACAAGAAGAGACCCUCGGGCAGUAUGAGCUAGGGGAGCAUGGCUUUGAAAGCAACUCUUCUGUCCAAAUGCCUGUCAUUUCACAGGUCUCGUCGACUCAGAAUUGUGAAAGCACUUUCCCCUUGGGGUCUCUGGGUGGGUUGGCAGAGAAGGAAGAAGAUGUGCCCGAGCAGCCAAAGACUAAUGCCAGUGCUGAGGCAACCGCAGGUGAUCCUCCAAAACCGGAGCUGUCAUCUAUUACUAUUGAAUAAUUCAUGGUUUGUUUUCAUUUUUGUUCUUUGGAAAGUGCCUGUGUUUGGUCCUGUACAUUUUAAUUUAAUUUUUUUUAAGAAAAGUGGGGAGAUUUUCCCUUUUCACUUUGUAAGCUACGCUUUAAACAGAAAACUGCAACAGAUGUUACAUUAUUUUUCAUGACUGAAUAAUCACUUCUGUGAAAAUACUUAAGACUGAAUGCACAAAAAAAGCUUGUCAGAACAUCAUGGAAGCUGUGAUACACUUCUAAAGAAGAACCAACUGAUUCAGAUCACUUAACUAUUUCUUCUUCCACAGUUAGAACAGCUCAUUAAGUUUCUCUUGCUUCUGCAGACCCUCUGGUUAAGGGAAAGAAAUCAGAGGAAACUUUUUAAAAUGACAAACAAAAGGAUGCAUUGGAAACCAUUAUUGAACAGUUUUGACUAGUUUUGGGUGGAUUGCUUUAAUCUUCUGCUUAUAAAAUGACACUCCUAUCUCUGUGCCUGCUGAUUUUCAAAGCGCUUACUGUAACCUUUUUCUUGGAAAUGGUAAGCAUUUUUGAAACUAACAGUCACACACUUUUUUAAAAAAAAACACAUUGUCCCUUUUCAUCUCAGAUGAAUCAUUUUUGACAAACCAAGUGAUAUCAUGCCAGGUAUUCCUACUUCUUAUAUUCCAGUCCUUUUAGAAACUGUUUGAUCAAAUAGCCUGUCCGGAUUUGCCUAUUUAAGGUUAGGCAUGGAAGUAAUAUGAUCAAGAAAAGUCUAAGGGUGCGUAAUGAACUUGGGAUGAUGGAAAAGUAUAUAUACUUUGCAUAUCCAUGCAAGCCUGACAAAUAUCUCACGACUGUAUCUUUCUGUAAAAGGGAAACCACAUACAAAAAUGAAGGUUUUCUCAAACUGAAGUUCUUAAACCUUGACCAGAUCGUUUGCAAUUCUGGUCACUUCCCCCUACCAUGUAUACUGUGUUUUUACUAGUCUCCAAAAGCUAGCUAGAGGGAGUUUACAGAUGGGGAAAAAAAUGAGCUCUUUUGUGUAUUAUUGCACACUUUUUUUUUUUAUACAUAUGCAUGUAUAGUUUCUGAGAUUUUUAUUAGUCUGUUUUGGGCAAAACACACAAUUUAUUCUCUUUAGAGGCCAACUUUCUAACCCAACAGGGGGUUGUUUACAAAAAACCUAUAUAGCAAUGAUAAAUUGUUCCUGUUUCAAAACAUUUUAAAUCCUUGCCAACUCAGAUUAAAGGCCAUUACUCUGGCUAUGUACACAGCUCAAGUAAGCAAUAAAUUGAAAGAUUUGCAAUUUCAUUUUUCCAUAUUUAGAAAAAGCUGCAAAUUUAGGGUAUGGGAUUUUCAGAGCAGUGAUUCUUGUUUGGUCGAGGCUGUUCCGGCUCUAGUACUGCUUUGAAAACUACAUUAGGAAUUACAUGAGGAGGUUUGUGGGGUUUUAUUACUGAUCAGGUUAACUCUGUGUUUGAUGCCAAAUGGCUAUCGCCUACAUACAACAUGCAGAGAGAGUAGAUGUUAUUUGAUCUUAGUAUUCAAAGGGCAGGAUAUACUCCCUUAGUUUUGAAUCUGCUUUCUGAAUUCUUCUCUGUCCAAAUUUGUUUUACACAAACAUGAGGAGAAAACAAAACCAAUAGAGAAAGGGUAGUUCUUCUGAAGAAAGAGAAAUCACAAAAGUUGUAUUAUAUUGCAAGAUCAAUUUGUAUUCGAUUAGCAGAAGCAGCUCUGAUACUCUGUAGAUCUGAGGCGUUUCUACUGUAGCAGACAUUUUUAAUGAAGAAAGCUUAUUGCUCUUUGGAAAGAGCUGAAAGGGUUUCAGUGGCUUUUAAGUAUUUAACAGUUCUUCUUCACUUUUUUUAGGUAGAAAAAAAACACGUAUUGUAGUUGUAUAGAACAAAAAUAGUUGGGAUUUCAGGCCUUUGCAAGUUACUGGAGUCAAGUUUCUCCACCAGAUCUGAAGCGUUUUUCAGAAACAUGAUGCAAAGAAGUUCUCUGCUACAAUCCAGUCCUGUAUGUCUAGGUUUGUGAAUCUUCAUAAAAGGGCUCGGAGGAGAAAAGGGCUUGGAGGAGAAAUUCUUCUUUUGGGCUGUUGUACUGUGAAUUAAUCUAGUGUCUGUUGAUGGGCAGAAUUUAAAGAUAAGUUCUCUUCCACUUCUGAUUUCUAUAACUGAGAAGCCAGUGAGACAAGCAAAUGCCUUUUGCUGAGUUUUAUUCUGAAUUAUAGAGCUGUGACACUGAACUCAAAUGUAUGGUUUUCUUUUUCAAUCCAAAUGCUACACAUGUUUCCAGAUAUAUUAGAAUCCUUUCCUGAAUGUUGUAGUAAAAAGUACUUACACUAAAGACACAGUCCCAGAAUAUAUAGAUAUGAUAUUCGAAAGUCAGAUAUAGACUGACGUAAUCUUCUGUUAGAAUCUAGUGAUUUUCUCCCGUUAGAUAUUUUGCUAAACAGUUUACUUGUCAUGAGGUAUGCAAAUACAGAAUAGACAUAUCUGGAUAUUGGGUUUUUAGAAGACUUUAAAAUACGUGUCAGAAAGUAGACUACUUUCUGAAUACCAAAAAGGAAUUAAAAACCAGUUACAAGAACCUUGUAGCCCUAAUCUGUUCUUCCUUGAAAAGAAAUGAAUAUCAUUAACUAUUAACACCUUGGUACCAGGCGAAUCAUACGUUUCAUUGUUCAUUGCAAUGUGUUACACGUUAUCUUUUCAACCCCUUAAUCUCUGUGUAACAUCUUAAUUUUUCUCACUUUUCAGUCUGAUUCAACUGGAGGAACAAUUGAGUUCUUACUCUCGGAAUUUUUUUGUUGUUAUUGUUUUAGGAUUGGGAUUUUUUGAUCAUUUUCCUGUUUGUAAUGUUGUUUGUUUCUUGUUAAUAUCUUUUCUCCAUAGAACUCAAUGCAAAUUAAAUUCAAGUAUCAUUUUGUUUCUCCUCCCUAACUUUUUGAAAGUGUUCAGUGCUUUGGAAUGCUAUUGUUCUUCACAGGAGAGAUGUAAAAUAUUAGAACAUCUUAAAGCAAGCUCUGUUGCUAGUAUUUGGAUUCCAAAUUGAGUGAGAUAUAUCUAAAUGAAACUUGCCUUAAACUAUGCUUUGGAUUAAACCUAAAGCAUAGAUCUCUUUCAGCAGAUUAUUAGAGGAUUUUGAUCCCUGCAGUGCAUUUUUCUUUUCCCCUAAAAAGGUUUUUUAGUAUGGACUUCUAUUUCCUCUUGACAAGGAUCACAGGGUCACAGAAUCACAGAAUAGUUGAGGUUGUAAGGGAGAUAUCUAUAUCCAAUCCCCCUGCUCAGGGCAGGGUCAACUAGAGCAGGUUGCUCAGGGCAUUGUCCGGUUGGAUAUCUGCAAAGAUGGAGAGUCCACAACCUCUCUGCGCAAGUUGUUCCAGUGUUUGACCACCUUUUCUUAAAAAAAAAAAAAAAAAAAGAAAAGAAAAGAAAGAAAGAAAAAGAAAGAAAAGAAAAGAGAAGAAAAGAAAAGAAAAAGAAAAAAAAAGAAAAGUUCGUUCUUACGUUUAAAUGGAGUUUCUUGUGUUUCAGUUUGUGCCCAUUGAGACUCCAGCUUUUUUGCAGUCUCCCAUCAGGUAUUUUUACACAUUGACAAGAUCCCCCCUGAGCCUUCCCUUCUCCAGGCUAAACAAUCUCAGCUCUCUCAGCCUCUCUCCGUAUGAGAGAUGCUCCAAUCCUUUAAUCUGCAUGGCCCUUCUAAGUUGUUUAGAAUUUCUUCCAAAUAGCCACAUGUAGGUCCCAUUGCCGCAGUUUCUGCAAUGGUGAGUAGUCUCCAAUUCAUUCACAAAAUGGUUUGAGUGUAUUUUCCUUUUGCAUAUCCUUCUUCUGUGUGGCACUGUUCUUUGCACUUAGUGGAAAAUCCUUUCCUCCCCCAUUUAUUUUGCAAGUAGAGUGCCUUCACUACCACAGAACUAGCAAGGUUCUGCCCUGGGCUGGGGACCCGUAUUCUCGGAGUCUGUGCUUGGUCUAUACCCCUCAUGUUCUUUACAGAACAAUAUCUCUGAUGGGAACAGUGGGAAAGCAAGGGAAAUGUUUUUCUCUGGCUGUACAUAACAGAGUGUUUUGGGAAAGGGGAAAGAAAUGAAAACCUUCUAGUUCCCAACAAAGAGCAGAAGUAGUGUUGUCUUUAACUGCGUGUGGGAUUUGACCAAGUUUUAAGGGUUUGAUUUGUUUUGUAUUUUGAUGCAGAUAUUUAGCCCAGCUCCCCUUAAAAUCCAUUGGGAUGCCUUCACAGUCAGCAAAUUAAGCUCCCUAUGAGAACUAUGUGUCAGUUUUCUUACGCCACAUUAACAAAAGGUUGUGUUCCUGGUGGUCUAUCUUACUACAGUUGAGUUCAGUUGUCAGGCUCGCAGAUACUAUGGUCAGGUCUCUCAUACUGAGAGAUUAGUAGACUAGGUUUUUGAAAACGGUUCUGGGUUCACAUAUAUCUUGAGUCUAAAAGGUGUGAAUUUAAACUUUUUUAAAAAGUAAUAGCUGCCAAUGCAGUAAAAUAUAUUUUAUAAAACUAUGAUCCCUAUAUGUCCCUUACGGGAUGAAAUUUUAUUGUUUUUAAGCUAUGGUUUAAAGUUUUUAUAUGAGGGCUUCAGUCGCUUCUUGGUUGCUGGCUUUCCCCUCCAGCCCCAGGAUGUAAGAGCAUUGAGACUAUUGCCAGUCUCUCUCUAAGAUAAACCAUGAAGCAUUUUAUAUGCAAGUAGAAUGGGAGCUUUGUGCACCCUGCAGGGAUGGAGAAAAUGCAGAUGUAGGAGCACCUGUUGUUCCUAGAUUCAUUGCGACUUCCGCACCAUCAGAAUAUGGAAAAUAGCUAAUUUUCAUUCAGAUCGAUUAAGUUCAAGUUUUGCUUACAAGAUGAAACCCAGUUUUGGAGGGUUCUCGUCUCCAAUUUUUGGACAUAAUAAACUCCAUAGCAUUGUGAUGACAGAUAAGAGGGUUCAAGGCCAGACUGUGCCUCAGCCACAUCAGAGGUCCCUAGUACCUAGAGUUGGUUCAAAGUAUUUGAGGAAACGUACCGUAAAAGAAAUGUGAAUUUUUUUAAUGCAACAGUACUUAUUGCUCUGGGUUUUUGUUAACUCAAUGUGUGCUAUCGCAGCAAUUCAGUGUCCCACAGGUCUCACCUGCAAACCUGGUUGCACUAAGCAGAGAGCUGAAUCAGUUUCUGGUGCUGCCAGCCUGUGUGGCAACUGUACCUACAGUCUUCCUGAGGGUUGCUGAAGUCCCCAGAGGAGUGAUUUUGUUUCACCAUUCGUUUAGCUGAUGCAUGCUUUUGAUAUUCUGACUUAUAGACCUGGCUACACAAAGUUCUUGGACAGCUUCCUUGCCCUGUUCCUGCAGUGCCUUCACUCUAGGCGCUGCCCUAUGGUGAAACCCUGAAGGGGGAAAGAGUAAAGCUGGAGCAAAAAUGUGAAUUAAAUUAUUGUUGGGCUUCUUUGUGCAUUUUAGUAACAGUGAAACCCCCUUAACUGUGCCAGUCGCCGGUCACCAGCCGUAUAUCCAGUCGUCAUCUCAUCCACAGUACAGCUUCUCUUGUUGAUGCUGGCCACAGCUAGAUUACUUGGCAUGUUUAUUGACUUAACAGAAUUGUUUUUUGGUUUUGGUUUUGUUUUUUAAUGUAUACGAUGUUUAAAUACACUUCACAUUUUAUAUAAUACUAUCUGGCUAUUAGUAUUUUUCAGGAACCAUAGUUCUUGGUGGCUAUAUAUAUUUUUGUGACUUUUUUUGUAAACUAAGUGCCGUUUCAACGUUACAAUCAUUUUUAGAGUUAUUGUAAUCAAUGUGAAUAUCAUGUUUUUUCAAAUCUGUUCUGAGCCUGUAGUGUUUGCUUUGUGAUCAUAUGUGUAAUGUAUAUAUUCUGUAUAGUUACAUUGUAUUGAAAUACUAGCUUGUUUGAUAUAAGAAAAGUAUGUAUUGGGUACCUUUUUGCUAGCCUGGUUGUUUAAUCUUUAAAAAAAAAAAAGUUCUAAAAUACAAAAAAAAUCUCCAAACUGGUCCCAUUAUAGGUUAAAAUAAAGGGGGAGAAAAACUAGUUUUGAGUGUCUUUGGAUAGAAACAUGACGCUAAGAUUUUUCAUUAAAAUAUUAAUGUUUUAUGGAGUA